AAGACAACAUGAAGACGCUUCCAAGUUCAUCUACAUACGUGUAGGCCACCCACAGACUCAAUUCAGGCCCGGGAAUCCCUCUUUGAGACCCUGAACGUCCAGGAGGCACACCUCAUCACGGGCGCCGUCGUUGACCCUGAAGCCCUCCCUACAGUGUCACUGGGCGCGCUCUGCCAACAACAAAACUACAGCCGACCUCACGUGCACGCAACAUGGCAAGUCCGCUACCUCCGCCAGUCCUCAGUCUCGGGCUCUUCGUGGCUGCCUUCUCGUUCGCACUCACGACGCGGACAGCCGCCCUCCAAGCCCGCCUCGGAGCAUGCGGCCUCCUCGUCGCAUUGGUCUGGGCCACGUUGACAGAGGUCCGCAAAUUGAACGACAAUCACGACUUGCUGUACGUAUACGCGACGACUCUCAUCGUGGUCCUCUUCCACGCCUGCGACUAUCUCGUGGUACUGCGCGCUUCGUCCAGGGAAUAUGUCGUCAGCCAAGGCACACAACCGACUUUCCUGCGGCAGUAUGUCCUGACACCCGUGUCGAUGCUCUGCAACUGGCGACGCAUAGGAACGCAAUGGCAGAUCGACAAGAUCCCCCCCUUUUCCCCACGUAGUCCUGCCAAGACGCCUUCACGCGCCUAUCUGAUCGCUACGCGUGUGGUAUGCAUGGGCCUGUGCUGGGUGGCCAUUGAUCUCUGCGAGGUGUCCGUGCUACAGUACUCGGAGAUGAUGACACCUGGCGUGGUCCUCGCGCGUGUCGACCGUCUCACGAUGCCCGAGCUGCUAUUUCGAGCGGAGUUUGUCGUCAGGUACUUUAUCUGCGCCGUCACGGGCGUCUACAUGGGAUACGCAGGCGUCACGCUCAUCGGUCUUGUCCUGGGGCUGAACUCACCACAAGACUGUCCACCAAUGUUCGGGUCGCUCCGGGAUGCUUACACCGUGCGCGGGUAUUGGGGUGACUUUUACCAUCAAGGACUGCGAAGGGCUAUCACCGGUCCCGCGGACGCCUUUGUGGAUCACAUUCUGCGCAUCCGGCGUGGCACAUUGCUCUCACGCUAUUUACGACUGACCCUGGCCUUUGCGCUGUCGGGUGUGAUCCAUUGGGGCGCAGAGGUCAGCUCGGGUGUGGCCAAGCCAGAUCGUAGCCAAUUCUUGUUCUUCACCAGCCAGGCCUUUGCCGUCAUGGUUGAGGAUUCAGUGCAGAAUCUCUACAAGCGCUCCGGACGCCCGCUGCCGGCCCUUCCGGAGGGACUCGUGGGAUAUGCGUGGGUUGCAGGCUGGAUGCUGUGUGCGAUGCCAUACAUGGGCUACAGUGGAGUUGUCUAUGGCGAUCCGUUGCCUUCGAAACUCAAGCCCGCCAUUUUUCGAUUCCUGGCAAGGCUCUCAUAAAUGUUCGAUGCGCAUAAAUGGCAGCCUGGCUCGCGAUGCCUAUCUAGCGCCGAACCCUGGGGACACAGAGUGCUGUGGUGGACUGACUGGCUAUGGGACGUUGCGCUUCUCCAUGCGAUAUCCCCAUAAUGGGCUCGAGGCAGCAAGCCACCAUGCACGUGCUAGACACACAUCAACACGUCCGCAGCAGUCGGCCCCCUCCAUCACGCCCCUGAACGUAUGCAGCAUGACAGACCGGCACAUUGCAGCUCGACUGUCCCUAGAACCUGGGAGAGGGGUCCUCUUGCGUACGUUGCGCCAUGGCCGAGGGAGGGACGGAUGUAGUGUAGGGAACUCGGUCUGUUGGUCCAUAGAGACAUUGUUGGGAGCUGCAGAAGUAUCCAAGUUGUCAAACAUGCACUGCCAU